CCCUCUUCCAAUGGGAGGAGCCCGUCUUAGUAACGGCGCUGCCAAUGGUGGUGGAAGUCGGAGUCCCUGGUAACGCCGCCGGGGCUCGGCUGGAGGGUUUCCCUGCCAUGUGGGGCUGCGGGGGUCGCCGGCGGAGGCGGCUCUUGGGGGGCGUCUUCCUGCUGCUGCUGGGGGCCGUCGUGGUGCGCAGGUAUUAUCCCUGCCUGCUGGUUCUUUCUGAGGCCUGCGGGGAUGUGGUGGUACAGAGGUUUAACUGGAGCGACCUGGUCCCCAUGCGGUUGUGGAGCCGGGUGGUGGGCUUGCAGGCUGAAGACUCGCGGUUCCUGCUGGAGGGCCUGCCCUUUCGCAUCUUUGGAGGGUCGGUGCAUUAUUUCCGGGUCCCCCGAGAAUACUGGAGAGACCGCCUGCUUAAGAUGAAAGCGUGUGGCUUGAACACGCUCACCACGUACGUUCCGUGGAAUCUACAUGAAGCAAGCAGAGGGAAGUUUGACUUCAGCGGAAACCUGGAUUUGCGGGCUUUCAUAAAAACAGCUGCGGACGUCGGACUGUGGGUGAUUCUGCGUCCAGGACCUUACAUCUGCUCCGAGUGGGACCUUGGCGGUCUGCCCAGCUGGCUGCUCCAAGACCCCAACAUGCAGCUGAGGACGACCUACCGGGGUUUCACGGAGGCCCUGGAUGCGUAUUUCGAUCACCUGAUGCGCAAAGUGGUCCCUCUCCAGUACAAGAAAGGGGGACCAAUCAUCGCUGUGCAAGUGGAGAAUGAAUACGGCUCCUACGCCCAAGACCCAAACUACAUGCUGUACAUAAAGAUGGCCCUGAUAAGCCGGGGGAUAGUGGAGAUGCUGAUGACGUCAGACAACAAGGAUGGACUGUCAGCAGGCUUGGUGGAAGGAGCUCUUUCCACGGUAAACUUCCAGAAGCUGGAUCCCAGAAUCUUGGUCUAUCUCAAUACAAUACAGCCCAAGAAGCCGAUGAUGGUGAUGGAAUAUUGGACCGGUUGGUUCGAUAGUUGGGGCGGCCCCCAUAACAUCUUUGACGCCGAUGAGAUGGUGAACACCGUUGAGAAAGUCCUCAAAACAGGAGCCUCCAUCAACCUCUACAUGUUCCACGGAGGGACUAACUUCGGCUUUAUGAACGGCGCUCUGCAUUUCGAUGGGUACAAGUCAGACGUCACCAGCUACGACUACGACGCCGUGCUCACCGAGGCUGGGGACUACACCUCCAAGUUCUUCAAGCUGCGCCAGCUUUUCUCCAAGAUUGUGGGAGAGCCUCUUCCUGUCCCUCCUAUGAUUUCAACCAAGGCAUCCUACGGAGCGAUCCUGAUGCAUCAGCAUGUCUCUCUGUGGGAACUACUGCCAUCUCUGGUAGAGCCCGUGAAGCUGAAGCGUCCUGUCAACAUGGAGAACCUCCCGCUGAACAACAGCAACGGGCAGUCCUAUGGGUAUGUUCUCUAUGAGACUGUCCUACCUGGCGGAGGGCAGCUGUAUUCACAGGACCACGUCCGGGACAGAGCGCAGGUGUUCGUUAAUAUGAUGUAUAUCGGCUACCUUGAUUACACCAUACAAGACCUGUCGAUUCCUAACGGACAGGGAUACCGGCUGCUGCGGCUCCUCGUAGAGAACUGUGGGCGAGUCAAUUACGGAGUGAUGCUGAACAGCCAGCGCAAAGGCUUAAUUGGCGACAUCUUUCUCAACCAAACCUCCUUGAGGAAUUUCAAGAUUUACAGCCUGGAGAUGAAACCUGGCUUCAUGGAAAGCCUUCGAGGGUCCACCUCUUGGGGCCCAAUCCCUGACAGUACGGAGGGCCCUGCUUUCUUCCGAGGAACCUUACAAGUGCAGUAUAUGCCUCAAGACACUUUCUUGAAACUCGAGGGUUGGGAAAAGGGAGUUGUGUUUGUCAACGGGAAGAACCUCGGUCGCUACUGGAAAAUUGGCCCUCAAGAAACCCUCUACCUCCCAAAGACGUGGCUGCAUCAAGGAAAUAAUGAGAUUGUGAUUUUCGAAGAACGCGCCGCAGGCCGGAUCAUCCAGUCCGUAGACUUGCCUUUCUUAGGAAGGACCCACUACGUGGACUGAGCAGAAGGGCCUCCACAACUGCUCUGCUUCCUUCCCCGGCCCUCGAUCGGUUCCUCUUCUGUGCCGUUUGUGGAUAUACUAAUGUGGGGUCCCAGGAUCUGGAUGCUGGCAGGGCCUGGCCUUCCUAGACCACAUGGGCGUGCGAAACGUGCCCCCUGCCAGUGCAUCUGGGCAGCUGAUUCUGAAUACUUGAAGCAGUGAAGAAGUCCAAAGCCUUUCUUGCAGAGCUCACCGCCUCUGCAAGUUCUCUUACCUCGGCCGUUGCAAAGGUGCCGCGGAUCUGGCCAAGGAGCGAAUGAGCGAGAGCGAUCGGAGAUCUGCUGGGUUUAAGAAGCUCAUCUCAAGCCGACUGGAUGUGAAUCGGACACCGAGUUGUUUGCAGCCGAAAGGAAAAAAAAAAAUCCAGCGUUUUGUGCAAUAGACUGGGGUGUCCAGAGCUUUUUGGACAACGGAACCCACUUUUACUGUGAAGGAAAAGGAAAUCUCUUCUUCCAUUCUUAGGUGCCUGAUUUGGUUAAUCGAUCUGGCUGGGUAGAAAUGUUUAAAACUUCCACAUUUUUGCAUUAAUCCUAACAAGUUGAGUUGCAGGGUUUUUACUGUUCAGAAAGCUCUCAAGGAGCCAUUUUAAUGUUGUGUUAAUAAAUGCGGGGGGAGGGGCAGGAAGGAGAGGGAGCACUCCCCUAGUUUUGAAUUCUUUCCCACAUUGGGGGGUGGGGGUGGGAAAUCUUCCUUGCAUGUCCUUAGCCUAUCAGGGAGAGCAUGUUCCUAGCCUAUCAGGGAGAACCUUUCUCUCUUAAAUACGUGUUGAGCAGGGUUCCCUUCCCACUUUUUGUCAUAGUAAACCCGUCGAAAUCUGACAUAUCCCUGUGACAUUUCACGAUCAUGUCCAGGAACUCCCCAAUUCGGCCUUUGCAAGCUAUAGAUCUGGCUCAAAUGUGUGCACAUUCCUCAGAGGGCAAGUGUUUUCACUUUUUCUCGGGUCUUUUUUUGUUGUUGCAGGAACUCUUUUGCAUAUUAGGCCACACCCCUGAUUCAGCCAGUCCUCUUAAGAGCUUACAAGUAGGCCCUGUACGAAGAACCCUGUAAGCUUUUGGAGGACUGGCUACAUCAGGGGUGUGUGGCCUUAUAUGCAAAAGAGUUCCUGCUACAAAAAAAGAGCACUGCUUAUUCCGGAAAGUCUGAUACGAAUCCUGUUUUAGGGAACAGCUAAAUGCUUCUCUGGGACACCGUUCCACCCCCUCCCUCCAAAUUCCUACCCUGAAAAGGCAGUUGCGGGAAAGGAGGGAAGAAUCCCGUGGAAUUUUUGGCAUUAGGUUGCUGAUUUUUUAAAUAAAAAUGUUUUUAAACUGAUGUUUUAAACGAGGAAAGAAGUGGAAAAGGA